AUGCCGUCGGUUCAAGAACUCCCCCCGUCCGCUUCCCGCUCAAGGCGCCUCUACAUCCUCGACUGCGCGCUCUCGACGCCAAACUUCUCAGGCGGUCGAAUCAUCUCCUCCAGCACGUCAGGCACCGACGAGCACAAUGUCAUCUCCAACAUGUCGACGCUGCCGGAUGGGAUAACAAUCGAUCACGCCUCGGGGCACAUGUACUGGACCCAUAUGGGCAGCGCGCUCAGCACGAACAGCGGCAGCAUUUCGCGCGCAAACCUCGACGGAUCGGACCGUCACGUCGUAGUCGAGCAGGGGAAUGUGGGCGUUUGGACGCCCAAGCAGAUUAGCUUUGUCCAGGACGCGGGGAGCAAGUGGAUCUACUGGUGUGACAGGGAGGGGAUGAAGGUGAUGCGUGCCUGCGUCGACACACUGCCUGCGCAGCCGCAGGUUCUAGUCGACGCUGGGGAUGCAGCGAAGGGCGAUGGAGAAGAUAAGCGGAAUUGGUGCGUUGGGAUUGCCGUCGAUGCGCCGAGGGGAGAUGUGUACUGGAGCCAAAAGGGACUGUCGAAGGGGUUCGAGGGCAGGAUAUUUCGGGCCAAGAUUGACAAUGCCGAGGCGUCGAAGGAGCUGCUGUUGGACCGCCUUCCUGAGCCAAUCGACCUCGAGCUUGAUGAGGAGAGGCGCGUGCUGUACUGGACCGACCGCGGCGAUCCGCCGAGAGGCAAUUCGCUGAACAGCGCCUCCGUCGGUGGUACAGAGGUCGGUGAGGUGCAAGUCCUGGCCACACGAUUCCACGAAGCGAUUGGUCUGGCGCUUGACAAGGAGGAGAGGAAAGCGUACGUCAGCGACCUGGCAGGCGGCGUGUACGAAGUCGAUCUGGCGUCGCGGAAGAAGAAAGUGCUAUUCCCAGAGCUGGGAGACUUGACGGGCAUCGCACUAGUAUAG